CCCUCGUGAACUCUGACCCCAGCGCAUGGAUUUCUCUUUCCGGGACAAGAUGGCGCCGUCCACGCCACUACUGACAGUCCGAGGAUCAGAAGGACUUUACAUGGUAAAUGGACCACCACAUUUUACAGAAAGCACAUUGUUUCCAAGGGAAUCUGGGAAAAAUUGCAAAGUCUAUACCUUUAGUAAGGAUGGCACCUUGUUUGCCUGGGGCAACGGAGAAAAAAUAAAUAUUAUCAAUGUCACUAACAAGGGACUACGGCACUCCUUCGACCUCCCAAAGGCAGUUUGCCUUGAGUUCUCGCCAAAAAACACUGUCCUGGCAACGUGGCAGCCUUACACUACUUCUAAAGAUGGCACAGCUGGGGUACCCAACCUACAACUUUACGAUGUGAAAACUGGUACAUGUUUGAAGUCUUUCAUUCAGAAAAAAAUGCAAAAUUGGUGUCCAUCAUGGUCAGAAGAUGAAACUAUCUGUGCCCGAAAUGUUAACAAUGAAGUUCACUUCUUUGAAAACAACAAUUUUAACACAAUUGCAAACAAAUUGCAUUUGCAAAAAAUUAAUGAUUUUGUGUUAUCACCUGGACCCCAACCAUACAAGGUGGCUGUCUAUGUUCCAGGAAGUAAGGGUGCACCUUCAUUUGUUAGAUUAUAUCAGUACCCCAAUUUUGAUGGACCUCAUGCAGCCUUAGCUAAUAAAAGUUUCUUUAAAGCUGAUAAAGUUACAAUGCUAUGGAAUAAAAAAGCUACUGCUGUGUUAGUAAUAGCUAGUACAGACGUUGACAAGACAGGGGCGUCCUACUAUGGGGAACAAACGCUGCACUACAUUGCAGUGAACGGAGAAAGCGCUGUCGUGCAGCUGCCAAAAAAUGGCCCCAUUUAUGAUGUCGUUUGGAAUUCUAGUUCUACUGAGUUUUGUGCUGUUUAUGGUUUUAUGCCUGCCAAAGCCACAAUUUUCAACUUGAAAUGUGAUCCUGUUUUUGACUUCGGAACUGGUCCUCGUAAUGCAGCCUACUAUAGCCCGCAUGGACAUAUAUUAGUACUAGCUGGGUUUGGAAAUCUGAGGGGACAAAUGGAAGUGUGGGAUGUUAAAAACUACAAACUUAUUUCUAAACCAGUGGCCUCUGAUUCUACAUAUUUUGCUUGGUGCCCUGAUGGUGAGCAUAUUUUAACAGCCACAUGUGCUCCCAGGUUACGUGUCAAUAAUGGGUACAAGAUUUGGCAUUAUACUGGCUCUGUCUUGCACAAGCAUGAUGUGCCAUCAAAUGCAGAAUUAUGGCAGGUUUCUUGGCAGCCAUUUUUAGAUGGAAUAUUUCCAGCAAAAACGAUAACUUACCAAGCAGUUCCAAGUGACGUACCCAGUGAAGAACCUAAAGUUGCAACAGCUUAUAGACCUCCAGCUUUAAGAAAUAAACCAAUCACCAAUUCCAAACUACAUGAGGAGGAACCACCUCAGAAUAUGAAACCACAAGCAGGAAAUGAUAAGCCAUUAUCAAAAACAGCCCUGAAAAAUCAAAGGAAGCAUGAGGCUAAGAAAGCUGCAAAACAGGAAGCAAGGAAUGAAAAGAGUCCUGAUUUGGCACCUACUCCUGCCCCACAGAGCACACCACGAAAUACUAUCUCGCAGUCAACAUCUGGAGACCCUGAAGUAGACAAAAAAAUCAAGAACCUAAAGAAAAAACUGAAAGCAAUCGAACAACUGAAAGAACAAGCCGCAGCUGGAAAACAGCUAGAAAAAAAUCAGUUGGAGAAGAUUCAGAAAGAGAAAGCCCUUCUCCAGGAGCUGGAAGAUUUGGAAUUGGGUAUUUAAACAUUCACAGAAAGCCAAUUGUUACCAGAAAUCAGUGCAAACACAUUUUCUGAUAAACCCAUUGGUGUACAUGAAAUACCCAUGUACCCACAUUUAAUGUUCAUCUAUAAUUUUAACCAUUUAUCCAAGAUUCUGCAUAUGUAUAAAAUUAUUUAAUAAUGUCUAUUAAAUUGAUUUUUACAUCCUGCAUCCUAUGCCAUGUCAACACAUGAUGUAGAAAAGAAAUACAUGAAUUUCUUUAGUAAGCCUGACAGAUUGAAAGAUGAUGUCAUUGCUUUUUUUAGUAGAGGAUAGUAUUUACCAUAUAUGUGAAUAAAAACAAUUUAAAUUUGA